AUGCUUUUUGAAAAGCUGGGCGAGGUUCUUGCACUGGCGCAGCUGCAGCGCGCAGUCACUGAUGUUGGCACAACCAGUAUCUUGACAGCGCUAGCUGUCGGGGCUCUAGUUGUACUGGCCGUAGACUACGCCUGGAUGCUUUAUUUGCAUUUCAAAAUGCCCCCCGGACCGCUUCCCUUGCCCAUUAUCGGAAACACACACCUCCUGCCAGACAACAAACCAUGGAUAUACUUUGAACAACUAUCCAAAGAAUACAAUGUACCGCUCAUCACCUUCUGGAUUGGCCGCAACCCAACCGUCUGGAUCUGCGACGCCUGGUCGGCCAGCGAGCUGCUCGACAAGCGUGCCGGCAUUUAUGCUUCUCGGCCACGCAUGGUGGUCUUUGGCGAGCUGGGCACUGGGCAGAACAACCUUGUGACAAUGUACUACGGCGACCGCUGGCGCCUACAUCGCAAGCUGACGCACAUGGGCGUUGGACUGCAGCAGGUGCGUGGGUAUCGUGGUCUGCAAAACGACGAAAGCAAGCUGGUGGCUUUGGGGUUGGUCGAGGCGCCGCAGGACUAUGUUAAGCAUUUUGAGCGGUAUGCUGCCAGUGUAGUGUCUAUUAUUGGUUUUGGUCGACGAAUUGCUAGUUUUGCGGAUCCGAUUAUCACAGAGGUUAUUGCGGUCAUGCAGCUUGCGGCAGACUUGAAUGUGCCGGGGAAGAAGUUUCCAAUGCUGAUGGAGACAUUUCCAUUCCUGGCCAAAUUUCCCACCCAGAUUGCACCGUGGAAACACGGUUUGGGCAGGCGCGGCCGCGGACACCAGUUCUUCUACGCUCUGGCUAAAGAAGCCGCCGAAAACCCUAACCAGCAACAAUGCUACUCUCAAAAAUUAUUUGACGAAGCACCCAAAUAUAAGCUCGCCCAGGAGGAAAUAGCAUCGCUGUCCGGAAAUCUCUUUGGUGCAGGCAGUGACACCUCCAGCUCGACGCUGAUCACUUUUGUUCUCGCCUGCUGCGCGUUUCCAGAGGUCCUGCCCAGGGCGUGGGAGGAAUUGGAUCGGGUUGUUGGCCAUCAUCGGAGUCCGACGUUUGACGAUGAGCCGAAUUUGCCGUAUGUCAAGGCGUUUGUCAAGGAGGGAUGGUUAAUUCCGAAAAACACCUGGGUCCAAGGCAACGUCUGGGCGAUCCAUCACCAUGAACGCGAGUUCCCGGACCCGGACCGCUUCGUUCCAGAGCGCUAUCUCAAGGACAACGAGCAAUGGUCACGGCCUUUUCCCGGCGAGCGCGGAUACAUGACUUUUGGCUGGGGCCGUCGUGUAUGCAGUGGACAGGGACUCGCCGAGCAGGGCACAUUUAUCACUAUUGCGCGCUUGCUGUGGGGAUUUCGAAUCGAGAAGGCGUUGGACGAGAAGGGCGAAGAGAUUCCGGUGGAUAUCUUUGAUUAUACAAAUGGACUGAACAUGCGACCAAGCCCGUUCGAGUGCCGCAUCACACCUCGCAGCCGGGAUAUCCAGACGGCAAUUGAGCGUGAAGGCAAACAAGCGCUGCAGGACUUGGCUCAGUACGACGGCGAGACUAAAUUCCAAAUGAGCCAUUUUAAACAUAUACCAGGAAUCGGGGGAAUUGCUGCCGCUGUCAGCCUUGGUCGUCAUGGACAUCGUGUCGUUGUCCUCGAGGCGGCGCCAAAGUUGGUAGAAGUCGGCGCUGGUAUUCAAAUAUCACCCAAUAUGGGCAGAUUGCUCGACCGGUGGGAAGUCCCCUUCCACGACAAGGAAAUGAUUCUCCAACAAAUUGACGUGCGAAGAUGGCAAAACGGACAGCUACUUUCCUCUACCAAAUGCGAGUCCGUCUUUGGCAAGCCCUCAACCAUUCAUCGUGCAGACCUGCACAAUGCGCUGCUCGAAACAGCACUCUGCUUUGAAAACGUGACGCUACGAGUCAACUCGGUCGUCACUGAUAUAGAUUUCGACAUGCCCGAGGUUAUCCUGUCCGAUGGCUCACGCUUCCGGGGAGAUGUGGUUCUGGCAGCCGACGGUAUCAAGUCCACCAUUCGGCCAAAACUACUACAGGAUGAGACGAUAAAAGUAGCGCCCACGGGUGACGCUGCAUAUCGGCUUAUACUAUCGCGAGAACAGAUGCUAGCAAACAAUCUGCUCAAAGAGCUCGUCGAUCAGCCCUUGGUGACGCGAUGGAUUGGACCUGGUCGACAUAUUGUCGGGUAUCCUCUUCGAAACCAUGAGCAGUAUAAUGUGGUUCUCGCGCAUCCGGAUCGAGGCACGGUCGGCGAUCAGUGGACUAUCAAGGGGUCGAAGCAGGAUAUGGUGGAUGACUUUGCCGGGUGGGAGGAGCGCGUUGACCAGAUUAUUGCCAGCGUCGACGGCGACGAGGUGAUGGUGUGGAAGCUCAAUCUGUAUCUUCCACUGAAGACAUGGGUACGCGGGUCGGUGGCGCUUCUAGGUGAUGCGUGCCAUCCAAUGCUUCCGUAUGUAGCCCAAGGAGCAGCCCAAGCAGUCGAAGACGCCGGAGCUCUAGGAGCCAUCCUGUCCUCGCUCUCUACACGCGACGAGAUCCCACAGGCAUUGCAAGUCUACGAGAGCUCGAGAAAACAACACGCCGAGCAGGUCCAGCAGUCCGGAGGCCACAAUCGGGUCGUACUGCAUCUACCAGACGGGCCUGAUCAAGAAUCACGAGAUGAGCUUUUCCAGCAGGCCAUGCAUGGAGGGAGCACUCCGGACCGUUGGACAGACCAUAAUACGCGCACGAGUGUCUGGGGUCAUGAUGCAGAGGAGGCGGUGCUGAAGGCUUGGGAUGAAUUUCGAACAACUGCGAACCUGUAG